AUGCCUGGACGAACAGAAACGUCUCUCUCAAUAGGCAUCAUCGGCUCCGGUCUUGGUGGUCUUUCCGCCGCCAUCGCCCUCCGACGAGCCGGUCACCAAGUCACUCUCUACGAGCGCUACGACUUUGGUGGCGAAGUCGGUGCAUCGCUUUCAGUCGCCUCCAACGGCUCUCGCUUCUUGGAAGAAUGGGACGUUGACAUUCCCGCUGCCAAGCCAGUCAUCCUGCGAAACCUCAUCCGCCAUGACUAUUCUACUGGAGAAGUCGAAGGCACAUACCCUUUGGGAGACUAUCGCGAACGCUUCGGCACAGACUACAACAACUUUCAUCGAAUUGACCUGCAUAAUCACCUCAAGGACACUGCUCUAUCGCAAUGUGGUAAAGGUCGGCCUGCUGAGUUGAAGACAUGGCACAAGGCAUCCAAGCUUGACACUGAAACUGGUCACAUCACCUUUGAGAAUGGUAAUGAGGCUACACAUGAUGCCAUCAUUUGCGCAGACGGUAUCCGAAGCGUUAUGCGGGAGCAACUUGGCGUUAUUCCAAAUUUCGUGCCCAGUACAUCUUGCUGUUAUCGCUGCAUCAUCUACGCCGACAAGCUACGUGAGCUCGGCCUCGAGGAGUACAUCAACAACGAGGCAAUCGAGUUUUGGGGCGGUGACACAAAGACCAAGAUUGUUCUAUCAGCAUGCAGCGAUAACAACGUUGUUUCAUGCUAUUGUUUUUAUCCAGCUGAGAAGAAUGAUACCAAGGAAGAUGGCUGGAACAUCUCCACCACUGGCGACGUCCUUGCUUCUACGUUCCCUGGGCUAGAUCCCAAGCUCAUCAAGCUCUUCCUCAACGCCGAAGACAUCAAGAUGUGGCGUCUAUACAACCACGAUCCCUAUCCCUACUGGACCAAGGGCCGUUGCACACUGCUGGGCGAUGCUGCGCAUCCCAUGAUGCCAGAUCAAAGUCAGGGUGCUUGCAUGGCCAUCGAAGACGCAGGCGCAUUGGGAAUCCUCUUUUCAAAGAAGUACUCAGACUUGAGUGUUGAGCAACGCCUUAAGCUGUAUGAGGCGGAACGCAAGCCACGCGCUACAAGAUUGCAAGAAGCGAGCAAGCGUGCGAGGGAGAACUUGAAUGAAAGGAUUGGUUGGUCGAGCAAGAACACGAAGCCGGGGAUGUUGACGAUUGAUGAGGUCUGUGCCUAUGAUAUGCAUGCUCAUAUCGCUGGGUUGGUCAAUGAUGCGCAGGUCUCUUCGUAG